CCUGACUCGGGUUGACGUAUAUAAGAACUUCCAUCAUCAUGAACUUCCUCCAUUCACCAACAAUGUCAUCCCCCAUUGCCAUUCCAAGUUCGUCGCCUCACAUCGUCAGCGCCUCCCUCUCUCCGUCGGCGCUUACUAUCCACGACCGUUUCGCCAAUACUCGUCGUCAGGAUUCUGCCGCCAUUAGGCAGCCCAAGGUCCUCCACCCCGUCGACAACGAGGGCCUUCGUCUCCUCAUUCUCGAAAAUAUCUCCCAAGAGGCCGUUGAGCUUUUCCGUGCCCAGGGUUACCAUGUCGACCAUUAUACCAAGGCUAUGUCGGAAGACGAGCUGGUAGAGAAAAUUGGGUCUUACCAUGGUAUUGGCAUUCGCAGCAAAACAAAAAUCACUGCCCGCGUUCUCAAGGCGGCCAAUAAGCUUCUCGUCAUCGGAUGCUUCUGCAUCGGUACUAACCAAGUCGAUUUGGCUUCUGCCGCUCAAGCUGGUAUCCCCGUAUUUAACUCCCCUUUCUCCAACUCGCGCUCUGUCGCCGAACUCGUCAUGGCUGAGCUCGUUAUCCUCUCUCGCCAGCUCUUUGAGCGCGCAUACGAGUUGCGUACCGGCAUUUGGAACAAGCAAUCCAAGAGAUGCUGGGAAGUCCGCGGAAAGACGCUUGGAAUCGUAGGCUAUGGCCACAUUGGCUCCCAGCUCUCCGUGCUUGCUGAAUCUUUCGGUAUUCGUGUACUCUUCCAUGACAUCGUCAACCUCAUGCCCCUCGGCUCGGCACGUCAAGUCGAGUCCCUCGAUGCCUUACUGGCGGAGGCAGACUUCGUCAGCUUACAUGUCCCCGAAUCUCCCGACACCAUCAACAUGAUCUCCAAGCCUCAGUUCGCGAUCAUGAAGAAGGGCGCGUAUUUCAUUAAUAACGCUCGUGGAAAGGUCGUGGACAUACCCGCUCUUGUUGAUGCUCUGAAGAGCGGCCACCUUGCUGGUGCAGCUGUCGAUGUGUUCCCCUCAGAACCAGGAGCAAAUGGUGCGCCGUUUGACGAUCAACUUAACUCUUGGGCUUCGACUCUCCGGUCGCUGCCUAAUGUCGUCCUCUCACCUCAUAUCGGUGGGUCCACCGAGGAGGCACAGCGCAUGAUAGGCCAGGAAGUCUCCCAGGCACUGUGCCGAUACUUUGGAUACGGUACCACGCUUGGAGCAGUCAACUUCCCCGAAGUUGACUUGCGUGCCAUCACCACAGAGCAGGGUGAUCACGUUCGUGUCUGCCACGUCCACAAGAACCAGCCUGGUGUGCUGAAACAAGUUAACGACGCCUUGUCUCCGUACAAUGUGGAGAAGCAAUACUCGGACUCGAAGGGUGACAUCGCAUAUCUUAUGGCAGAUAUCGCUGAUGUCAGUCCCGCAGACAUCAAUAAGCUGCGGGAGCUGAUCAGUGGUACCAGCGCCAACAUCCUUACUCGUUUCCUUGCAUAAACAGCUUUUAAAGCUGUACUGUAUAAAAUACCGAAAUGGACGGUUACAACUGUGACUUGUUGUACAAUCUAGAUAUCUGUAUUCAACAUAUAAUACGGAUGUUCACUCAACUGUACAUCCUAUACACCAUUCAACUGGACUUUGGGAAUUUGCAUGGGAUAUCUAGCACAUAAUCGUGAUUGUAUUACAUUUCGUAGUUAUUCAUUUAUGACGAAUGUUUCCUGGGACAUAGCACAUACAUUUUA